CUAUAGUGCAAGAAUCGCUAAUGAGAUUUGUUGCAAAAAGCUGGAGUAUGUAAUUGAGAAGAUGGAUGCUAUGCAACUAAACAUGGAGCAAAGUUCUAAUGGAGUUUAGCUAGUUGACUGGCAUUCUAGUACCCGGAGGGUUAGGAGCAGCACAGACCUGACCAAGCAUGACUGUUAAAUUAUUAAUGAAGCUUUCAGAUAAUUACUUGUCCGUUCGAAUGCGCAAAGCUUUGUUCAACUCUGAGUGAGGAGGUGUUUCACAUACAGUACAUUGAACUAGGAGAUCGUCCAUUGUAUUACUGUACAUCGGAUGUAACUACAUGUAUAAGUAAGAAAGGUUUAGUGGUGUGGUCGCACAACUCUGAGAUGUGGAGUACUACAUGGUUUCCUGCUUGUUCCUAAGAAACUUGCACGGGGUUCGCUAUUCUAGCUGGUGCACCCGAAAGCCGGCCGUGUCCGUCAGCUUCCUCCUGCGGAACGAAUCGGCUCUCCAUCUUUCGAGCUUGUUGCAGAGGUGCUCCGGCCAGUACGUGCUCCCAUCGUCGACGUGCAUCUCCUCGAGAACCAUGGCGUUCUCCACCAGGAACUUGGCGAGCUGGACCUGGACGCAGUCCGCCUCCUUGGCAUUGAACUGCAGCGUCACCUUCCGCAGACUCGUCUGCAAGCAGCUGAACACGCCGUCGUCGGUCAAGACCGCGGGGAGCUCCGAGACCUUGCUGACGGCACGACGCGAGGAAGCGGUCAUGGAUGCGAGCCUGUUGAAUCGGUCCAUGGACUGGGCGAAGGGCCUUCUGGCCGGAUCAUUGGUGUCGGGCUCGUCGUCGUCGCGGUACCAUUGCGUCAUGUUCAAGUUGAGCCGGAGCUCGGACAUGGCCGGGCAGGAGCGGAGCAGCCUCGCCAUUGCCAACGCGGCGCUGCUGCUCGUGUACUCAUGGAAUUCGUCUAGUUCGAGGAGCUUGAGGUUCGGGAAGGUUGGCAGGAUGGCCCCGCCGUGCUCCUCCUCGCCGUAGAUGAUGUCGUUCAUGAAGUUGACGUGCAGCUUUAAGGCCCUUGUGUUGGAGAAGCUUACGAGCAUACGUGACGUGGGCUCCACUGCGACUGCUCUCCGUGGAGAGUGGCGUUGAGGUCGACGCUUGACAGGCCCGGCGCCGGCGAUGCCAACGACAGCUUGAUGGCGUCCCCCGUGUAGCGGAAGUACGCAGGCUCGGCAUGUCGAGCUCGAUGCCCGAUGCUGGCGAGCUCCUUGUUAACAUGUAUUAUUCCAUGUGUAUUUGUACCUGUGUAUACUCUCCUAGUAUAUAGGAUCGUGGGUGUUGCCUGGGCCUGCGUGCCACAUUCAUCGGGCCUUCUGUUGUAACUCACCCUGUAUAUGUUGUACCGAUGGCAAUAUGCCAAACACAGAGAAUAUUAUUGAGCCGUUCUCCUUC